AUGGAUUCCGAAGAGGGCGAUGCUCUUCGGUCACUUACGAUAGGUGGCGAGGAGUGCAGUGGUGCCCAUUCGGUUGCUAUGGAUGCGGGAGACGGUGAUCCCGGCCAGCUGGCUACGGUGGAUGAUCCAGCUGGCGACGCAACCCGUUCAACUACGGUAGAUGUCGAAGAGGGCAAUACAGCCCAGCCGAUUACGGUGGAUGAUGAAGGAAGCGAUGAUGUACAGGUGGUUACAAUGAGCGCUGGGAAAGCUGAAGAGAGCGACGCUGCCCAGUUGGUUACGAUGACUGAGCCCGUUACGACAGAAAGUGAAGAGUGCAGUACUGGCCAGCCAGGUACUAUGGACUCAAAAGAAAGCGAAGUCGGCGGACCGGUUACUGUAGUUCAGCCGGGUACGGUAGAUGUGAAUGCGAGUUUUAAUGUGCUGGAACGAUUUGCAAGUUUCGUGCCCGUCGCACGUGCCUUGAAACAUCUCGAUGUUUCGCAUAACGUCAUCUCCAGAUGUGACAAUUUAGCAACGCUUACUGAGCUCGCAAUUCCUUUGCUCAAUCGGCUUACCAAUUUAACAUAUUUGGACAUUUCGAACAACCGCCUAAAUGAUUUGCCCAAUUUGAGCAAACUGCCAUUGUUACGGACUGUGAAUUUGCAUGCCAAUCAAAUUAGCAGCCUCAGUGAAAUCCAUCGCACAAUGCCACAAUACCUGGAAAAUAUCGAUAUCGGAGAAAAUUUGAUCACCGAUUUGAGAGAGGCAAUUCCUUUGCUCGAUCGGCUUACCAAUUUAACAUAUUUGGACAUUUCGAACAACCGCCUAAGUGAUUUGCCCAAUUUGAGCAAACUGCCAUUGUUACGGACUGUGAAUUUGCAUGCCAAUCAAAUUAGCAGCCUCAGUGAAAUACAUCGCACAAUGCCACAGUACCUGGAAAAUAUCGACGUUGGAGAAAAUUUGAUCACCGAUUUGAGAGAGGCUCACUUUCUGUCACAUCUGAGAAGUAUCCGGUCCAUAACGUUUGCGGGAAAUCCAUGUGUACGCUUGGAAGGCCGUACUUUUUGCUACCGGCCAUAUUUGUAUUAUUGUUGUCUGGAAACACUGCAGUCCGUUGACGAGAAGGAACUCGGCGAAAUUGAAAUUAUUAAAGGGGAGGAACUGCAUAACAAUGCUAAGGUGCGACAUAUGGAAACACAUGCUCAGCUGUGCGCCUACCUUAAGAAAGUGUGCCCGCAGGAUUAUCAGAACACAUUCUCCAUGGAAGACAGCCACCUUCUAAAGAGAAGACGUGUCGCCGCCGACAUCAGCCAAUUCAAAUAUAUCCUCUUCAACAGUCACCUUAUCGGCACCAUCAAUUACUUGCAAAAAGCCAACGCCAGUGAAGCCAUCUGA